GUAGUGUAUAAUAUGAGGUAUAUGCAAAUAAAUUUAUUCAAUACGGUAUGAAAUGGAUAGAAAGAAUGAUUUUUUUUUUGGAUGAAAGCCGAUAAUUAAUUCAACAAGUCGUUCGCCAACUGGCUUACAAUGCAAUCGGGCGGAUGAUCAAAAUUAACUACCAGACCAGACAUAGAAACAGCCACUUUUGCCAUAGCAUGAGCCGCUUGAUUCGCUGAUCUUCUGCACCAAUUGACAUUAAGGCCCUUUUGUGUGGAUAGAAAGAAUGAUUAUGUUGGAUUCAACGGAUUUUCGAAUCUGGGAAGGAGGAGUUUUGCUGUGAUUUUAUCAUGCUGGUUUGGGGAAUUUGGAAAGCUAGAAACGACAUGUUGUGGAAGAAUAUUUCUUCCUCUCCUGGGCAGAUUGUUGCUGCUGCAUUUAUUUUCAAAGAUGCAUGGCGCCGAGCUCAAGGUUUGAACAAGCCUGGCAGCAGGAUUCAAUGCUUGGAAAAUUGGAUAAAGCCAACUGCAGGUCGGUUUAAGGUCAACACAGAUGCAGCGAUUAAGAAGGGGACGGGAGUUGUCGGGUUAGGGUGGGUUGUGAGAGAUUGGGAGGGUUCUUUCAUGGCUGCUGGUGCAAUUUGCUGGACUGGAGAUUACUUUCCCCACGAGGCAGAGGCUUUAGCCAUGCGGGAAGCAAUUAAUUGGAUCAAAUGUGAAGGGUGGGAAGAACUCGAGGCUGAAUCUGAUGCGGCUCAACUCGUUACAUCCAUACGGGAAGGGCCUGAUGAUUCGUCUUUUGGCUUGAUUGUUGGCGAUAUUAUAGAGCUGUCAACUAGUUUUACUAGUAUUAGUUUUGCUCACGUGAGGCGGUCAGCGAAUAGGGUAGCCCAUGAGUUAGCUAGGGUAGCCUGUUCUUUGUCUGGUUGCCAUGUUUGGAAAAAUUCUCCUC